UGACAAAUACGCGACACCAGUCAGUAGCAGCUGGAAUUGGUUGCCUCUCUGUCUCUGCUUUUACGUCAAAGUCGAGUCGUCCAAGAUAUACGCAAUUUGUCACUAGCUCUACGUUCUGCGAUGAAAAUCGCAGAAUAUCUGCAGCUCUUUAUUGACAAGAGAGUAUGGCUGUUCUUGGAGGGCACGCAUAUUACCGAGUCGGAGAAAAAGGAGGCCGAGCUGGCUUUGUACCGAAUCGUCGGAGACCUGGAAGAUGAGACCGACGACUUUCAUUUGUAUGACAAACGCCCUUCACGAGGGAUCAUCUGCAAUAAUCAUCAUCUGUUGUGGCUUGUGGCUAGGUUAUUGCGCAAGUUGAAAGUGUCAUCAGACCUCCUCUUACUCACCAAAUGUGCAAGCUUAGAGAGCCUCUUGUCUUUGUUAAAAGCUCCACAACAUAUUGCCAUGGACGUUCGCAAGCUAAACAGAGCAAUCAUAAACUCCAAACAAAGUGGAAAAGAGAUUGUUUUGCCUUCGCAUGUUGCUGAAUACUUUCACGACAGUAUUAUAAGAGGAGAAGUGCAUGCAACCACGGGUCUUGUCAAUCACUUGCUCAGCCCGUAUUUAAGUCACUUGUCCGGGCUGGACUAUGACUUGUUGAAAAUAAUCCAAGAAUCUCUGCAUGCAGCUUUUCAAUCCCUCGAAAACAAAGACCAGCAAGCUUUGUCUGCCAUUGUAUUGCACCUAUUGGCCGUCGUAGGAGAUGCAUCACAGCAUAUGCCAAAGAUUCAUCAGCUCUCAAUCGAUGGAGUGAUGAACCAAAAAGAAAUAUUAUUAGCUCUACUUUCGAGAAAAGAAACGCCACCUGCGUGUUCAAUUGCCUACUGUCAACUCGCAGUGCCUAGUGAAGAGGAAAUUCUAAAACCAGAUGGCACUUUGAAUGUUCAAGGUGCCUUUCUUCUUCAGGGCUGCAAUAAAAAACAUUGGAUCCUUGAUUAUCUCAGUGGCCUGUAUGGAUCUUUAUCUGAAAGUAAGACUGACAUCCUAGGGCCUAGCAUUCAAGAACUCUCUCCUAUCAUACAAUAUUAUUUGUGGACUCAACAUUGUUGCGAAAGCUCUGUGAUAUCCAAGUUUAUUACGCAUUCAAUGGACCCUACUCUGCAAAGACUGGAGCAUUUGUUGGUCAAAAGGGAAAUGGUGAUAUCAUGGCUAAAGAAGCAAUCUAGCUAUUCAGCGGAGACAAAUGGAGCUGUUGCGAUGAGCCUCUUGAACAAGCAUUCAGCAUUAAGAGUUCUUCACCAGUCUGGUGUUUUGUUGGAUUCCGAUUGGGAUGAUGUCCUCAAGCUACUGAAGAGUUGUAAAGAGGAUGACACGAAAUCAGUCUCUUGGGAAUGUGUGGUUUUUCAAGGCUACAUCAUCAUGAUGAAAACUAUGAAAUUGUUCUUGAUCUCUUGGGACUCAAAAGAUCACCAGCCAAAGAGUUUUGAGCAGUAUAAAGAAAACUCUUUUAGUAUGAAGGAGGAAUUGAGCAAAAUUCAAGUGCUAUUGAAAAAACUGUACCCAUUAAGCUAUAGGCUGGAAAUUUUGGAGAACAUCUUUUCACUGCUAUUUCUACGAUUUGAACAUUUGAAAGCUGACGAAGGAACCUCUGAUAGCGGUGGUGAAGAUGAAGAUUCCCUUAAAAGUCUAGCUACUGUCACUGAGAGUUCUCUUUCGCCAGUGCAAGUGAUGAACCAACCAAAUUUCUGCGCACCCUCACCCUCAACCAAAGCGAAAACCACUGCCAAGAGAAGAAACGGAUUCAUUUGUGGACCUCUGAUAAUUCGAGAUGCAUUGUCUUUCAUGAAAGAUUGUCUGAUCGACUGCAGCUCGUCUGUUUACAAACACAAAUCCGACAUUGAAGUCAAGGACAAUCAGGAGUUGCAAAAGAAAAUUUCAUCGUUUUGCCAAAUUGUGACUGAGGCUUGGUGGCGGCUCCAGAUCGUCACCGACCUCACUGAUGUCAUUGAUUACGAAAAGAAGUCUAUGAGUUGCAUUCCCCAGCCUCAGAGAGGAUAUCUCAGCUCUGCAAGCAGUAGCGAAAGCGAUGAUGAGUUGGGGGAGACAAGAUCAAGGAAAAGAAAGACGUCGCAGAGAUCAAGUCGCUCAGAAAAUACAGAUAAGUCUAGCGGCUCAGGAUCAAAUACUACAGGGGGCUUGAUGCUCAGCUCGGGCGGAAGAAGCAAAAGACUCAGUAGGAGGAAAUCUCGAGCGUUGAACAAACUUCCAAAUGAAGCUGAUUCGAUAGUCAACAUUUUGCUGGCGAGCCAAACCAGUUUGGCAGUUCUCUGUUUGUCAAGGGGGGACUAUAGGAAAGCUCAGCAAGUAGUCCAGACUUUUCAACUGGCCAACUCGGAAGUGGCCAACGAAGCAAACUUCCUUGAACUCUUUAACUCCCUGUCGCUGGAAGUUUCCAAAAGCUGUGAUCCUGGCAGCAACUCAAGAGAUUUUGCGGUAGAAUUGGGACAAGGCAGCAGCCAUACACUGGCCUCGUCUUCAUUAGACAUGGUGCGCAGAGCUGCCCUAAUGGGCAUGAAUGCGGUCUCGGUGACUAGUCUCGUGGAAAAGGUUUUGGCUCUGGCCCCUCCAGUACACGGAAUGGAGAAGCUUCUGCUGGAAAACCGAAGGGCUAAUAUGAUCCUCUAUGAUAUUUCGGACAAAGUAAUGGUGUCUGUGGAUGCAGCCCUAUGUCUUGGAAACUCUGGCAAUGCAUCGUCUAGUUUGAUGGACGUUGUGUCUCAGCACAUCAAAUUCAACCAAACAAAGCCUGGAGUCAAGGGCAGAGGCUAUUCCAACUUUGUCUCUUCCUUCAUGGAACUCUUCCGAUUCUUGCGCACCAAGAAAAAAUGUGGCAGCGCUGCUGAAACUCUUGGAAACUGGGAAAUCCCUUUGAAUGCUAAUACGCUCAGCAACUAUAUUAGCUUCACUUCCUCUCUCCAAGAAGAUAUGGCUGACUUUUUAAGCUCCGAUUGCUUGGCCAAGGAGAAAAUUGUGAAGGUCCGCCAGAUAAUUAAAACCUUGGCAGACUCCAACAAAUGUUAUGAAGUUAGAGGAGUCAGAGAUGCAGGGAAAGAGGAACUGCACUUUCUGCAAGAUAUCGUUUGGUAUCUGCAAACACUGUCUUUCAUUCUGAAUAGAUGUGCACCAGCUAGUGCUGAAGCAUUGUCCAACCCUUUUGAUCUGUUGGAAGAACAUUGGGAACAAAUCCUCAGCCGGCUCAUUUUCGACUACGAAGCACCACUUGGACGCGUCGAGAGAGUGUCAAAAAGACUAAACCUUCACUUGCUGGAAGCUGUUGUUGGGGCUUGCUGCCCUCGUUUUCAGCAGUCCACAGAGAGUAAAAAUUUUGCAGUGGCACUUCAACCGGCAGCGUCUGCGUGGGCUAAAGUUAGUUUGAAUGCUGCCACCUGCCAACAGGAUUCCAAAGAAGACCCUGCAGAGCUAGCCGCCAAAAUUUUGAUGGAACUGUUGGCCGCGAUCAAGCAAAGCGAUGCAAUCCUAGUCAACAGCAGCGAUUUGCAAACCUUCUCUAACAGCGCGGAAAUAAUGCAAAUUUUAGGCUUGACAACAAAACUGAGUAGCGUUGACUUAACUCAGCUGGAGGAAAAUCCUCAGAGAGCCGCCUUCCUGUGCAACAUUUGCAAUUUGCUGAUGCUGCAUAGCCUGAUUACGUUGGGCUGCGACAGUGGACUUACCUCAAGCAGCUGGUUGGAACGAAAAGCAGCUUACAACUGCAUUGGCUAUCACAUUGGGCAGAUGGGAUUUGUCACUCUCUCCAGCUUGUUGAAGCAACUAGUUGGAAUGGAUUUUGAUAGUCAUUUUGAGGACAAAAUUAGUAGUGAUUUGAUGUGGAACAUGGAUAACAAAAUGGCUUUGUUUGCUGUUAGUCAAGGGACCAUUCAUGGACCAUUUAUUCAGGUGUACGAAGUUGAGAAAUUAGAAUCUCAAUUGAAAACGGCAGUUGUGAACUACAUUUCCCACAACGUUAGAGUUGAAGGGUCGCUGGAAGAGGGCUGCUUCAAUCUGUUGCUGACGCCUCUGAUUCUGCAGUAUCUCGGAAUCUCAUCACUGUCUUCUCUUGAAGCAGCUGUAGAGGCUAGCCGUGAAUACCUGCUUCCGCUCUCACGCGAUUAUUUGCCAGAUACAUGCACAGCCAAAGAUUGCGCUUUCAACAUCCCGACCAUACUCCAAUUUCUUGAAGCUUACGCGACUGGACAACUGAAACUGCAAGUUGCUGACUGGAGAGCAGCUUGGGAAAAUGUAACCGAUGAUAACGAAUGUAAUGGCUUAGUUGUCACUGUUGAGGAUUCAACCAAGUUUGGGAUUUUACUGCAGUCAUCAAUAGAACUACUGGGAGCAAAACCUGAAGAUCAACCUCACUUUGAUGCUGCGUGGGAAAAUUGCAAUUUGAACCAAAGCGUGUUGCAGUUUAUAAGCAAACGGUGUUGGAUUAUCGCGCUUUUGGCAGAGAGAUUGCGACGCGGAGUUCAAGAGUACCAGUUUUACCCUCACACUGAGAGCCUUGAUCGCUAUCUUGCGGAAAAAUUUGCCCUCUUUUCCUCCCUUGGGUCUGGAAAUUUGAUACUUGGAGCCCUAACGCCCCCUCAUAUGUUGCUGGACAAGAUUUGGCCUCUCUUGGACCAAUGUGUUGUCGGUCAGCAUGAAGAUGAGUGCAUCCAAGUGUUCUACUCACUUCCAGAGAGUAUGAUAUUCGAGAAUGUCUGUCUGCAGACAUUUAAAGAGCUGUUGCUGUAUUUUGCCGCCAGCCAGCCUCAACGACAUGGCAUUGAAACUCCGCACAGAUUAGCGUUGUCUUUGGGCACGGCUGAACUUCGCGCGCAGUGCAUUUUGAGAAAUAUUCAACACUGGUCAGGCGAUGAUAGUAUUGAGGUCUUGAAGACCGUUCUUGGUGACCCUGAAAUUUCAAAAGAAACUAGAGCCGAGGUGUCAAAUGCUUUGAAUAGAGUUACUAUUUACCAACAAGUGCACAAUUCCCUCUGCUACUAUAAGUCUAAUGAGACACCUUUCUCUGAUGGUUGGCACCAAAUAUUACUGCUGUCUGAUUCAGAUCCUGGUAAAGUUCUUCAGGUCUUGAUUGAAGCUAAAAAGUUCCGUCUCUGCAUGAAAUGGGCUGAUCUCCAUGGCAUUCCCAGCAAAGCAAACCACCUGAUUGACUGCAAUCUUGUAGCUCCUCUCUUGGAAUCUGAAAAUAUUUCAGCGGCCAAAAAGCUCCUGGAGUCAGUUCCAAUGGAGCGUGCAGUUUCAAUCUGUAGGCGACUUCUUGGCUCCCUAACUUCCAUGGAGUCUCUCCAGUUCAUAGUCAACUUUGCGCUGACAUCAUGCAAGUCUUGGCUGAAAGAAAAUGCAAGGGUUCUGGCUAGUCUGCAACUCUGGUCUGUUGGAUUGUCGAUUUUGAGUUUGCUCCCAGCUGCAGAGCAAGAGAGAGACCGAGCCAUGGUCUGCAAACCCCAACUGCUGCUAGAGCAAAUGGUGAUGAACACUAAACUUGCUCUGUGCGCAGAAGCCCUCACAAUUUUAAGAAGCCACGACAUGAGUGCCAUCCCCUCAGAUCACCCUGCUCAGCCUGCAGCUAUUGAUGCGAUGUUGAGGUCGUAUGCCAACAAAGCGCUAGAUUUUCGCGUCGUGCAAAGGAUCGAGCCCUCACCUCCGGAGCUGGACGAUCUGUUGAUUUCCAUGUCCUCGGGGUCUAUGAGUAUCGGACCUGUUCCAUUCGUCAUGCCCCCAAACCCACCUUUGAAAAGUGAUUGGGUUCCUAAUGAUGAGGCAAGGGAUUGCAUGUGCUGCCAACUAGUACCAUUCACCAUGUUCAAUCGGCGUCACCACUGCAGGCGUUGCGGCCGAGUUGUAUGCGGCUCUUGUUCAAGCAACCGGAGCAAAGUUGACGGCUACGGUGAGCUGUUAGUUCGAAUUUGCGAUGACUGCAGUAUCUACAUCAGGAAGGACACAGCUGCACAAGAAAACAAAAAUGCCAAUCACUCUCAUAGCUCGUCAGUUCUCACUUGCAUCAUUGAAUGGGUUUUAUGUGCAGACGACGCUCUGAACAUAACUGUCCGCGAAGAGUUUUCAUUUGAACACGCGCCAAGCGUCGCGUUGUGCCUGUCCAUAUUGGCGCUCCACUCAGAACAUUCUGCAGCUCAGCCAAGGUUUCUGCUGGAAGCUUCUGAGAAUAUGCUCCGCUUGCUUGCGUUGCCAACCCCUGGCGUCAUCAACCCUGAGCUUGACUACAGUCUUGUGAUCAAAAUGGCAAGGAGCUUAGUUGUUGCUGCCAAGGUGCGAUACGCAAAAGCAGCCCUGAAUUCUGGAAUCGCUCAUUGCGACCGGGUGUUAGGACAGGUUGACGUGCUCUCUCUUCUGGUCAGAAACGGCUGUUCCAAUUUUUUGCCCGUGGAGCCUCUUCCAUUAAGUGGGCAUGCCCUGCGCCAUCUCAGGGAUAGACUGCUAACAGCGGAGCUGUGGGCGUUGGCCCUGGAGGUGUCCACCAAGGCUGGGUUGGACCGCACGGGAGUGUGGGCUGCCUGGGGGAAAGCGUGUCUCAGAGCCGGCAAAUGGCUCGAGGCCAGAGAGCACCUGGCCCACUGUCUGCAGCCUUUGGCUCCGUCCCAAGACGCGGUGCCGGCCCCAUUGCUGUCAGAAAUAAUCAGGAUUCUUGAAGACUCCAGCUAUGUCGUUGAUAAUGCCGUGGUUAAGCAGUCGGAGCACAUUAAUUCACCAGCAUUGUCAGUACUGCACACACUGAGCAAUCUGUCGGCGAUAUCGCAGGGGAAGAUUCCCAUGAAUGACUCUACUAAACAAUCAGUCUUCUACUCGGAGUGCCAGUAUUAUCUGCAAACGUACGGGACGCCGUCCGUCACGAUUUCAUUCCUAUUGUCUCGCGGCGACCUGAAAGAGGCUUUGAGAUUUGUCAAGGACAAAAAUGUAGAGCCAGAUAUUUUUGCAGACGCCCUCUACAAGCCUUGUUUGGUGCAAGGACUUAUUGCCCAGCUUCUUGAGGAAAUGAGAAAGAUGGAUCCAUCAUUGGACACGUGGAAGAACAUAAUAAUGCACGUGGCGCGAUUGCUUGAGCAGCAAGGACUGCUAAACUCGCUUUACCAGCUGCAGCUGUUCGCCAGAGAUUUGGUACGAGCCGCAAUGACAUGUAUCCGUUUCUACAAAGCUUGUGCCCGCUGCUACUCUGAUAUGAAUGCUGAUCACCUCGUCAAGGCCAGAGGCCACAUUGAAGAUGAACUUUCGGAGCACUGGGCUUCUGCUGAUUCCAAAAGGAGGGAAAGUUCAAUGAGCAGUGGCCGCUCGUCCGAAUCACCAGACGGGACCGAAACUGAGUGUCAAAUCCCAUUGAAGAUGCCAGCCCGCACUUUGGAUCAUCACGUCAACACCAUCGUCCGCCAACUUGAAGCCGCCAAAUUUCUGGUACAAUGCGAGUCAGAAGACCGAACUGCUGUGGUAACCGUUUCUGCUGAGCUGUGCCAAAUGAAGGCACCUGCUGGCAAAGUGAUCUACAUUCCUACACUCUUCGGAGACUCCAAUGAGCGCACGCUUGUCGCUGCCUUGGUCCUGCUUUGCGGAAAGAAUAUUGAAGAGGGAUUUGGAAUCACUUUCAGAAUCAUCCAGUACUUCCGAUUGAAGGCGAACAAUGUGUACUCUUUAGUGGCCGAGUACCUUGUCAACGCUAAGAAAAGCAAAAACAUACCGCAACUAAUAAAUUGCAUCCAGAGUUCAGGCUCAGCUGACGCAGCAACGUGCAGUGAUGAUUUGUUGCUCCAAUGCAUCAAGAGAUUAGUCAAUGAACAGUCUGAUGGAAUCAUGCUCUCCGAACCUCUGCUGAGGCAUGUUGCAGGCUCCAAAGCAAAGAUUGAAGCUCACCUCACAUGUGGAUUUUUGAAAUCAGCAUACUUACUGGCAGUUAAAUCUGGCAAAGAGGCGGACGUGAAAAUGAUCCUCGACGAAGCAGACCGUACAAACCAGUCAGCGAUGAAGAGAAUUUGCCAGCAGUGGCUCUCGCAAAGAGCAACCAAGAAUUAAUCAGAUAAUUUUUAUUGAUGUAUGGCAUCUGAAGUGCCUUGUGAUAUUGCCUAUUAAAAGACUGUAUGCGUUAUUAUAACCGUUAAAUUGUUAAAUAUUUUGAUAAACACUUAUAUUAUGUUAUGAAAAUAAAAUCUACAGAUCUACUUUUAAAUGUACAACA